AUGGUGGGAAGGCCUAGAGAAGUCUCGGUCUUCAACAUUGGUGGGCCCAGAGGACGUCCAUUCACAUAUUGCUCGGUGGGUGUGACGAGCUAUUAUAGCUCUCGCUUUCUCUCCCUCUCCGCCUCCAAAGCUGCUGCGUUGCCGUCGUUUUCGUUUGCUCCGGCGAAGCUUAGCCCAGUUAGCGCCUCCAGCAAAGAUCGUCGUUGUCAAAAAUCAUGGUUGUCGCUGAUUGUGGGAUUAGCAAGGGCGAUGAUCAAGUAUUCUAGAAGGGUGGAAGGAUUGGAUGAAGAUGGAGUUGACAUUGUGGGGACAGGAGGUGAUGGCGCCCACACAAUGAACAUUUCCGCCGGUGCUUCUAUACUUGCUGCUGCUUGUGGUGCAAAAGUUGCAAAGCAAGGUUAUCGAUCGAGUUCUUCAGCUUGUGGAAGUGCCGACGUCUUAGAAGCACUAGGGGUUAUAAUUGACCUUGAUCCAGAGGGGGUGACAAGGUGCGUAAAACAAGCAAGAAUUGAUUUUAUGAUCGCUCCCAUUUACCGUCCGGCAAUGAAGAUUGUCGGUCCAGUGAGAAAAAAGCUAAAAGUGAAAACUGUUUUCAACAUCUUAGGCCCCAUGCUAAAUCCUGCAUGGGUUCCGUAUGCUGUUGUUGGGGUGUACAAGGAAGACCUGAGAGGAUUUUCAGAACAUAAUGAAGGGUGGAGAUGUGUAUAAAAUCGGAGCCGGUUACGUGUUCUACUUGAGGAAUACUACAAAGGGCCAAAGGCUCCAUAUCGUUUCUAGUAUUGACAAGUGUGAUGGCUUCGAAUGGGGCAGCUUCCACCUACUUUAAAAGUCAUUUCAUGACUAUUGUAAGAAAAUCAUAUGCUGAUUUUGUGAAUGCUAACAUUGUCUUUCCAAUUUUUAUUUCAUAACAUGUCUAUGCCAAUGUUUGGAGAAUUCUUUAAUGGUAGUUUUGUACCCUUUUGAUUUGUGCAGUCUUUCUUUGUCGAUGGAAAAACGAAUCCCGUGUCUGUGCUUUCUGGUUUCGAUGUUGUGACUCUUGCAAAUGCCUUCAAUGUAAGCAUUAUGUACCAAUGGUUAGACCAUAGUGCUAUGUAACUAUACGUGCACUAAUUGAUGCAAUCCUCACAUUUAACAUGGCAUAUGAAAUUCUUGUAUCGAAUUGAUAUCAUUACCACUGUAGUUCAUAAUCUCAAAAUUCAAGGCCACCAUUCACAACCUUCUCCCCCUUUUGAUCCUAUGUUGUUUUCCACUACAUUUGUUUGUCUGAUCACCUUCUAUGGGGUUUUAGCAAACAUUUUCUCAACUACUUAGUCGCAUAAUAAGCAAAAGGAUUACUUGUCUCGCAUAUGCAAAGUGCAUAUUAUAGGUUUAUAUGUACUGUGCCUUCGUACCUAUUACCGACUACUUCUUACAGUUCUAGCGAUGCAGUUAAAAUCCAAAAAAAUUACUGCCCUAGGACAUGACUUCUUCUCUU